ACAACUGGUUUUAUUGGUCAAGGCAGAGAGGGCGAAAACAUCCACGAAUUUUCCUUUUUUUGGUAGAUUUUUCAUGUGCGUACAAAUAUGCGCAUUUUGAUCAUAUUUUGCGCACAUUGCUGCUACUAUGCGUUAUGUUUGGACAUAGUGUUUGGACUUUUAGAAUAAAUUAAUCUACCCACUCGGUGCCACAUCCAGACAGAGCAUAAACUGAAACCAUCUCCAGGACUGUGGUCCCAGCCUGCUGACAAAACCGAAAACAGCCCAAAGAGCGCGUCGCCUAAUUGGCUGAAAGCUUGAGGAAGAACUGUCCGAUGAUUAACCCUCUCCAACAGACGGGGAUUAAAGCUUUUGGACUCUAAUUAUUAUAAGGCAUACGUCAGCACAUAUAUCCACCCAUUUCAGAGGCGGUAAAGCGGGUGAGAUGUCCUGUUAGGCGACUGUGCUCUUUUUCUCUGCCUGCGUGAGGCCAGUGUGAGCAGACGUCGGGGACGCAGGACCUGGGAAAUCCUCCCGAGGCAAGUUCCACGACGCUGACACGCAACGCUCCCACGCCGCGGCAGGCUGGUAUCCUGUGUUCUUCGGCUCAAGAUGGCGGUGCAGGCAGCAGAAAAGGACGGGAUAAACAUGAACAUGGAAGAGGAUCACACGCUAAACGACUCGCUGGGGAACCCCGGUCUGAUCUCACCCGACAAGGAGGAUUUAUCCCGUCUGCUGACGGUGCCUUUCAGCGGGCGCAUCCGCGGCGGAAUGCGGCCAGGGAAGAAGAUCAUAGUGAUGGGCAUCGUCGACCUGGAGCCACACAGAUUUGACGUUAGCCUGACAUGUGGACGGGAUUCAGAAAAAGAGGAGGCGCCGUUGGACGUAGCCCUGAAACUCACUGCUCGCUUCAGCGAUCGCCAAUUUCUGCACAGCGCUCGCGUCUCAGGAAAAUGGACGGAGGAGGAGGCCUCCACCGCCUACUUUCCUUUCAUCCCAGACCAGCCUUUUAGGAUCGAGAUCCACUGCGAGCACCAGCGGUUCCGGAUAUUUGUGGACGGACACCAGCUCUUUGACUUUUAUCACAAAGUAAAAUCUUUGUCCUCCAUCGACACGGUCCGGAUACAAGGGGAUCUACAGAUCACCAAGCUCGGUUAAAUCUCACUGCUCUUCCCACUCGCAGGAGUUUUUUGUGUGUGUAAAGCAAAGACUUACUCACAAAUGACUGCACACACACAUUCGUGUGUCACAUCAUCACUGGUAAGCUGUCAUGCAGCGCUGCAGCAACAUUCCACAUGGGGAAAAAAUCUCUCCACAGAUGAACAAUUGCGUUUUUUCCUGCUUUUUCUUUUUAUUUAAUUUAAUUUUUUUUGGUCAUCAGAACAUGUGGCGACAUUUCGUAGCUGAACGGUUCUGCUAAUAUUUUUUUUGUUUAUUUUUAGUUGUUUCCACUUUUUAUCCAAUCACAAAUCUCUGAGCUCUUUUAUAGAAUCUAAAUUAUUUGUGAUAAUAAUUUGAAGCCAAACCUCUAGAAUAGAUUACUCAGGAGGGAAAAUAUCUUGAGCUGGAAAGAAAAAAAUUAUUUAAGAUUGGAAUAUUACUUUUUUGUUAAUUGAUUUAUGAUCUUGACUUUCAAGGGAUGCUUUGUGCACAUAGAAAUCUUUCUUCAAACAAAUAAAUCUGCUCAUAUUGAAUAAAAGUCAUGCAAAUGUAGUAAGAGUGCUGCACAUGAGAGAAAACUUGACGUUAAUCAAAAUAUUGCAGCUUUUUCUGUGCGUUUUCUGUGAAUUGGAUUUUCCAAGGCUGGAGACAUCAAUCAGUUCAAAUUUAAAGUUUAUUAUUGCAGAACUAAAACUGUAUAACCUACUUCUUACUUUCUGCUGAUUCACUUUCAGCUCCUCUGCUCUCCAUAAGAUUCAUCCCAGUUUACACGAUGACAUGCUGCAGCUUCACCGACCUAAAUACCCAAAAAUAAGGAUUAUAUUGGGAUGUCCUAUAUUGUGUGCUGCAUUUGCAGGCAGCGUCCUACAAUUUUAGUGACUCCUGCAGAUAGAAAGCUGAAAAUAAUGCUGAAGUGAUUUAUUUUCUGUAAUUAGGUUAGCUGGGGCUCAGGAUGGCACUUGUAUUCAUGACAAUAUGCUAACACUUUGUACAAACUGUAUUCUCAUUUUAUUUAAAAGAAACCCUUCAAACCUGGUAGCCAGCUUGGAAGCAGGAUCACAUCCUUGGCGGUACGUUGAAUGUAUGAUGUGCAUGUUUCCAUAGUUGUAUAGAAGAUGUAGUGAUGUACAUAAUUAAUUUAAAACAUUUAAUAGGUCAGUUUUUUGUGGCUGGUGAUGUCACACAGUUCAUGGACUUGUGUGUUUUACAUUUAAAAAACAUUUUUUAUUUCUGUUUCCUAAAUCAUUCCACACCAGCUCAUGGUGAGGCAGAGCUUUAACACCAUCAGCAGCUUCUUCAGAAGACUUUCUGAUAACGUGACCUUUGCCCUGCAAUGCACAGGUCUAUCACUACGGUUAUUCCACUAUGUGCAGGAGAUCCUUUUUCUCAGUUAUGACAAAUCUGCACUAAUUGUUGUAGUAAAACUAUUACUUUCUGUUGGUGCUACUAUUACUCUUCUUCCUGUAUAAAAAUUUGCAGUGUUGUAAUUUCCUGCUAAAGUUUCAUUAGAUAAAAUAUACUAAAAUUCAAAGAGAAGGAAUAAGCUCUGGGCUCCAGGCUGUGAAAGCUUGAAAUCUAAUGAUGAGAAAUGUCAAAAAUCCUGUCAACCAUCAUGUAACCGAGUUACUAACAAGGUUUAGUGACUCGCACUUUAAAAUAUUUUGCAUUAUUGCUGUAUCUAAAAUUUGUGUCCGAAUUGGGAGCUCAGAUCUGGAAAUAACAUCACCACCUAGAUGGAUUUGCUAUUUGUUGAGGUAAUAACUAUUAUUAGCAAUAUAAACAAAAAUAUAUAUUUAUCUACAUUUAAUUAGUUCUAACACUAAAUCAUUGUGUUCUCAAGCAGGUAUUGCAGAGUGCUGUGUGUGUGACUGUUUUAAGGGAAUACAAAAACCAUUUAUUCCAACAGUUUCCGCUAUGAUUUACAGUAUAUACACAGCAACAAUGUUAGUCAAUGAACUUGAGGCUGUUGAGUACCUCCAACUUUGCUAGUGGGAUUUCUGACUUCAGGGGGAGUUCUUGUAUUUCUAACGGGCAACCUGGAAAAUCUGACUUCCAAAUGCAAAAAAGAAUGCAGCACAAGUCUGAGCUUGUGGCUCUUGAUACAUUUAUUUAUUAUUUUCUAAAUACUGAAAUCAGGUCUGGAUGACUAGCAUGAGAAAACAUUUUUUCAUUAUCUGGCUCUAAUUUCAUUAAGUUAUGCAAGUUGUGUAUGUCAUAAAGCCCAAUUUUUACUGUGGAUAACCCCUAAAAGAUGAAGUCAAGAUGAGAAAUUGGCACUGAUUGCUAGCAUUAACCAAUGCUGUUUUGAACAGAACGGAACUAUGUUUUUUGUCAUAGUAACAUUUUACGGCACAAAUCUGCCCUUGGACACCAUUUGGAUUUCUCUGUGUUGAUCAUAAAAAGUUCAAAAGUUUUUUAAUCAUU